AUGGCUUUCCGAAGUAGUAAGCAUGUCAUUUUUGCUCUUGUGAUUGGUGUAAUUUUUGGAUUUCUCACGGCGUGCCUUGUGAAAACAUGGUUUUCUGGUAAUAUUCGACUUUCAAGAGACCCGCAUUCUUCUUCAGAGCUGGAAUCGGAGAUUGGACCUGAAACAAAAGUAUCAUUCCACGACAAAGAUGAAGAUUUCCAUAAAGGUGAAGAUAAAGUUGCACAAGAUCUUGAGAAACGAGUACGUGUACUUUGUUGGAUUAUGACAGGUCCAAAAAAUCAUCAAACUAAAGCACAACACGUGAAAGCAACAUGGGGAAAACGUUGUAAUAUUCUCUUAUUUAUGAGCUCUGCAGAAGAUAUAAAUUUACCUGCAAUUGCUUUGCCAGUAAAAGAAGGAAGAGAUAACUUAUGGGCAAAAACCAAAGAAGCAUUUAAAUAUGUUUAUGAAAAGUACAAAGAUGAAGCUGAUUGGUUUAUGAAGGCUGAUGAUGACACAUACGUGGUGGUAGAAAAUCUACGAUAUAUGCUUUCGUCUUACGAUCCAAGUUCGCCGCUAUAUUUUGGCUGUAGGUUUAAACCGUUUGUAAAGCAGGGAUAUAUGAGUGGUGGUGCAGGAUAUGUACUUAGCAAAAAAGCUUUGCGAAAAUUCGUGAGGAAAGCUUUGUCUGAUACGACGAAGUGUCGUUCGGAUAAUGCCGGUGCAGAAGAUGUGGAAAUGGGAAAGUGUCUUGAGAACAUUAACGUAACAGCAAUGGACACACGAGAUCCAUACGGUCGUGGGCGAUUUUUUCCUUUUGUACCGGAGCACCACAUAAUUCCGAAUCACGUGGAUAAAGACUUCUGGUACUGGAAGUACAUUUAUUACAAAAGCAAUGAUGGUCUCGAUUGUUGUUCCGAUACCGCAAUAUCCUUUCAUUACGUGUCGCCUAAUAUGAUGUACGUUUUGGAUUACUUAAUUUAUCACUUAAGGCCAUACGGAAUCACGCAGAAUGUACAAAAACCUACUGUGGAUCAGUCUAGUACUACAUGAAAUGAAGUCUACGUU